UUGGACCAAGUACCUGAUUGGACAGGACUUGCCUAGGGUAGGAAUCCUUGCUUUGUGUUAUCACUAGUCUCACAUCCAGGACUGGCUCAAGAAACGUUGCUGCCUGAGACAGAGCAGAAAAUGGCGUCUCAUCUAAAGGCAAAGUACCCAAAGCUAGUCAAUUUAUUUUGGUGACAGAGACAGAAAAUCACCCUCUUGUUGGCAAUAAAAAUACUAUAAUAAAUAAAUAACCAGGUGCUGCCUCGUUCCAUGAUGAGACCCAAUUAUCAGCUGUCUGAGAAGUCAACAGCCUUCCGCUUCAUAAUCGCAGGGACCCUGGAAUAGAGAAAACGAUCCUUGCAGAAGGCCUUCAGCUAGGAAGGAGCCUCUGCAUAUGCUCCGACACUCUUUAAGAGACCUUCCAUAUGCAGGCUAGCGCUACCGAGACCUGCUGCUCAGCACACGUAGACCUAGACGAUCCUGCCUCACUUUUUAAACUCUGGAACGCUUUGAAAGGCAUCUCAGGGACAAAAGGGAGGCCGUCGGGCAGCGGCGGAUAAGUUUUUAAGUUAAAUGUUGCCGCCAUUUCUGCAUAGAUGGAAGGGAAGCACUUCCUCUUGGAUGGGAUUCUGGAGGAACUAUGAGAAAGACGGCCCAUAACGUCUUCUUUCAGUAAGGAUAUCUCCACAACACAAAGGCGGCAUUAGUAUAGUGUGUCGGUGUGAGGUAGGGCGAAUAUUUCUGGAGGAAAAUAUGAGAUGGAAAGGAACAGGAAAAGUGCUUACGGGCAGCGGCUGCUUUCUUGCCUCAGGGGGCGGUGGCAGGCUCGAACGAGGCUGCUCGGAGAGUGCUCCUGCUCCCAACGGCGCGGCUUCCCUCGUUCCCUCUCCCGCACCCUUGGCUGGGAGUUAAUCUCCCUCCUCUUCCCCUCCCCUCAGGGCGCCCAGAGGUAGAUGGCUUCUCCCGCUGCCAUGGCAACCGCGCCCAGCUUGUGUUGUCUGCUCUCCUGCCAGCUGGGUGGAAGUGGUGCUCGGCACCGUGGCUGCGGCUGAAGCUUGAAUUCAAGACAGCCAGGACCAUUCCGAGCCAUGGCUUCCGCAGCCCGGUCCGAGGCAUCGCCGAGCCUCCAAGUUCCCUCCUUCGCCGAGAAAAGGAGGAACACCUCCUCGUCCUCCAGGCUAGAACGCCCUUCGGACAGCGAACUCAGCAGCAGCCUCGGACAGAAUAAUCACUUGAAAUCUGUGGAUCUUAAUCAUGUUAUCAAACUGCUUGAAGAAACAGAAUCAAGUAAUUCAGAAGAAGAGCUUGAAGCACUAAAGAAGGUUACAAAACGCUACGAAUAUGGGAUUCCUCUUAACGAUUUAACGCAAAUAUCUAAAAUUUUAAACCUAUGUGCUGAAAGAAUUCCAUUCCGCAAUGUUUUCAUAGAACCUACAUGUGAAAUUCUUAAAUUAUAUGGGUUACCAUUUUACAAAAAGAAGUUAUCUGAUGAAGCAAAUUAUGCCAAAGAAGUUCAAGAAUCAAUUGCACAUUUGGGUUACUUGAUGAGAGUGCCAUGUUCUCAAGUAAGAAUACAAAUAUGUAAGUGUGUUAUUAGCUUUUACCACGCUGAGCCACCAAAGAAAGAGUUUGAAGUUUACCAACCUGUAAGUGCAAACUAUAAAAGGCAGAUGGUGGAAUCAGGAGGUUUAGCAGAAACUUUAGUCUUGGCGCUGACAUUAGUUGAAAAUCAGCUUCAUGAGAAAUUAUGGAUAAUUAAAACACUGCAGCAUCUUUCCAUAUCUGAGGCAAACUGUAAGCUUAUGAUGAAAGCUCAAGCACCAAGAAGUUUAUGUUCUCAUUUGAAUGAUGCCGAUCCCUCUGGACAGCUGCUAUUCCGUUCCUCAGAAAUCCUCUGGAAUUUGUUAGAAAAAACCUCCAAGGAAGAAAUUAUUAAUCAGCUCAGUAAUUUGGAAUGUGUACAUGCCCUGAAGGAAGCAUUUACAAACUUACUUUUACAUGGUUCCCGACAUUACGAUCGUCAGCUAAGAAAUGACAUUUUGGUUAUUGCCACCCUCAUAGCUCAGAACCCAGGAGCACCAAUGAUUGAAACAGGCUUUGCCAAGCAGUUAAUAUUAUUUGCCACUUUUGUUGAAGUGAAAAGUCAUAAUCCUUUGGUAAAAGGUCUCAAGCUGACUUACUGUUAUGAAGAUUUUGAGUUGAAAAAGCUGCUGCUUAACAUGCUUAGUGUACUCGCAAAAGAUUUAUGUACUGUGCAGCUGCUGCAAGAGGGUAAAGUUAUGUUGGCUUUGUUUCAUUAUUUAAAACCAAAUGAAAAGCCAGGAAUGCUUGACAUGUCUGCAGCCCAGUAUGAAGAGUUACAGCUUCAUGCAAUUGCUACUUUAGCUACAGUGGCUCCCUUGUUGGUAGAAGACUACAUGAUGUGUCAAGGAAAUACUCGCCUUCUCAUGUUUCUGGAAUGGUGUAUGGGCAAUGAUCCCUUCUUUGCUCAAGGUAACAGUUUCCAUGGUACAGGUGGUCGUGGCACCAAGCUUGCACAGAUGCGCUACACUUUGAGAGUACUGAAUCCCAUUGUGUGCCUUUGUAAUGAUGCUGUGAAUAUUGAUCUUUGUGAUCAGGGAGCAAUUCAUCAACUGUUAGGUGUCUUAAAGAAUACCACAAGCAAUUAUAAAAAAGGUGCCAUUGUGGUAGAAAUUCAGACUGAUAUCUUGCUUAUUCUGUCAACUCUUUGUGAAAAUAAUCUUCAUAGAAAGGAACUCUUUGGAUGGGAAGGAGUAGAUACACUUAUUCCAUUUAUGAAAAUUGAUUCAAAGAAAUUCUAUAGUGGAUUGGGUCAUAAUCGUCUCCUUUUUAGUGCUCUGGAUUGCUUAUGGUGCUGCAUCAUGGGCUGUACCAUUCUAGAGGACUAUUUUCUUGAAAGAGAAGGCCUCUUCACGCUCCUGGAUUUGCUUGUUUUAAAUCAAAAGAAUGUAUGCAAUCUAAUUCUUGGAAUAUUAGUUGAAUUUUGUGACAACCCUAAAACUGCUUCUCAUAUCAAUGCCUGGCGAGGGAAAAAAGACCAAACAGCAGCCAAUCUAUUAAUAAAUUUGUGGAGAGAAGAAGAGGAGCAGAUGGGAGUAAAACAUGACAAAGUUGGGAGAAUUGUAGAUACAAAGAAGCCAUUGGUCGGCCAGUUCCAAAAAAAGCAAGAAAUUAUUCCAAUGCCUGCUGAUUGUCCCACUAUUGCUGUCAUGGAUGUUGCUGAAAACAUGAGAGCAAAGAUUUAUUGUAUAAUAUGUAAACUAGGCUUUGAAAAUUUGCCUGGCCUCUCUGCGAAGGAUUUUGUUACACUUGCUAUCAUACGUAGAUAUCUUGACUUUAAGGUUGGUGAAAUCUGGAGUGAAGUAUGUACAGAACUUAAAAAAGAAAAAUUCAGACCAGUCACUCCUGACCAGGAAGCAUUGCAGGUUAUUACUGGAGCAUUUGAAAAUGUUGGAAAGACUGUUGUCUCACUCCAAGCUGAAAUGCUGGAAAGCCAACAAUACCAGGAACUUCAGGUGGAAGAAAAAAGUUAUGCCAAGAUUCAAUCCCUCCAUAAGCAAAAGGAAACGGUCAAUAAGUCCUGGGAAAAUUUCUUGAACCGGACAUCAAAUUAUGAAGCUUUAAAGAAAGCAAAACGGCUUCAGGAAAAAUCCAUAGAAAAUUCUAGAUCAAAGGUAAAGCCAUGCAAUGCAAUAUUCCAUCCAACUGACAUUAAAGGCAUAAAUGCAACUGUUGCAUCCGGUCGGCUAGUAACUGUGGAAAGUACACCUUCUGAAUUGAUUGGAGGGCCACUAGCCGAUACAGAUCUUGCACUCAAAAAGCUCCCAGUUCGUGGAGGAGCCUUAAAAAGGAUCAAAGCAGUUAAAGUGAUGGAUUCAUUCAAGAAAGAUUCAGUAUCUGUAAAAUAAACAUUGUCCAGUACUGCUUUAGACAACUCCCUAUUUUUUUGGUUAAUGUAUAGACAUAUUUUAAUCACCUAUUUGGAUCACACUGCUUAAAUGUAUAGUUAUUUUUAGAUAUAUAUUAUUUAGAAAUAAUGUGGAGAUCAUGAUGCUAAUGAAUAAAUACAGUGCAUUACAAAUAUUGAUUGUGUCUAAUCUUUGCUAAAUUGAUUCAGUUUCCAUUCUGCUGUUAUUAUGCACAAACAUAAAUUCAUAUAGCUUUGUGUAUUAUCAUGACGUUUACACUGACAAGCAUUUGAAGCACAGGAAAAAGAGAACAGUCGCUCAGGAUAUAAAAUGAAAGUGGCAUUAGUAAUCACUGUCAUAAUCCAGUAAGUGCUUCGAAAUGAGGUGAAUAGGAGAAAUCCUGGAAUAUUGAUGUGUUAUAGGCAAAGUCCUUAAACCUUAAAUAAACAGGAAGUGGCUGUUUCAUACAUUACCAUUACAUUCAUCAUAGUUCCCUUUCAAAUGCACAUUUUGGGGUAAAAGCAAGAGCAACGUAGGGGAAGCUAUGGCCAAAAUGUCCUGAAGCACUGGAUUUAGCACUGCUCCUUCAGUUGGCUUGUUUCAGUGCUGACGAUUUGACUUAACUCACUGGAAGACAACUCUUGGCUGUUUCUCUUUGUUGGUUAACAAGUUGUAGAAAGGUGUAUUUACAUACUUCUGCACUUAUUAUUGGAAGAUAAGGACUCGGUGAAGUAAGCAGACAACACGGAAAGUCCUAUGCAGUGCAGGGAAUAUAAUCUCAUUUUAGUUUUUGUCUCACCUAUCCCUGAGGAGCUUAUGAACUGCUUCCAUCCAUGUUGGAAUAUUCAGUAUUUUAAACAAAAUAUUUAGCUAAUAACAUUAUUAGUCUAUGUACCUGUAUCUGGCUGUAAAGUGUCCAUUGGAAUAUCUUGCAUGCAUAUAAUUUUCUUGGGUGCAGCUUCUUGCCCUUUCAGACAUAUUCCAUGUUCCCCAUUUAACCAGUAUGGGGAAAGUAAAAUGAGAGGAGGAAAAAGUAAGCGUAGUUGUAUAUAAGUAAAAGUGCUAUUAUGUCUCAAUUAUUUCAGUGGGAAACACUUAAGCACAUGUUUGAAUCUCCCACUGAAAUCAGUGGGAUGUAAAAUGGCUUAACUUUGGCUGAAUUAUGCUCUAGGUACGUACAAAGAUGAACAGGUCCUUUUGAAACAAAAACAGAAUCUUAAAAUGUUCAAAGUCGCCACUGUACAACUCUUUAUCAUAAACCCUGAAAAAUCUGAGGAGAGAGAAGGCACAGAUUUCCUUGGAGCACACAAUGGGAGUUAGGAAAGAAUGCUUAACAGGGUGAGCUGCCAACAUUUUCUCUGCCUUUAGAGCUGCAUCUGCAUGCCAGGAAAGCUUCACCUACUAAAGUUUUGUGUGUCUUUAAAAACUAAUUUGAAGUUGCCUUUAUGUCUCAUUCAAAAACAUAAGAAAUUGUACAAUACUGUAUAAUAUGUUCUGUGUUCUUGAAAUCUCUGGUGCAACAUGUAAAAUUUGAUAACCUGCAAUUCUGUAAGACUCGCAUACAGUGUGAUCAUGGAAUAUUUAAGAGCUUCAACUGCUGCUUCUAACUUUGUAAAAUAUUGUGGCCAUAGAUAUCCAGCCAUUGCCAAAAUUUUGAUAAUUGUAUUGCUAUUUCUUGGAGACCUCUUCCAUUUGUCUGAAAGGCAAAAGCAUCAAAUUUGCCAACUGUCUGUUGUGUUAAUAAAAUUGAA